AUGGCCUUUCACUAUAACGAUGCCUUUGAAAACCCCGACUACCAUGACUCUGAAACGCUGGAGCUUGACAGAGUAAGACCUCGCUGGAGCGCUUCUUUUCGUCGCAACCCUUACGAUUCCUCUCCUUAUGAUCCCUGUGGUGACGACAGUGGAGAAGGGCAGAAUUUGCCAGUGGAAAUACCUAUGGACGCUGUGCGGAUUCAGUCUCCUGCCGAAUACAGUCCAAGAGCUUUUGCAUUUGAGGCAACGGAUUCAAAUCCAUAUGGCAAUUCGCACAUUAAUCCUUCAUUUGACUAUGAGCAAGAGUUUCCAUACAUGUUACCAACUUCCAGUGACACCUUUCACGAUCAGUACGGGCAUAGACCCGAUACCCCAGAUGGAGUUAGCGUCAUCCGGCAGCAUGGCGGGCAAGAAGUAGAUAUGGCAUUCCUGGCGCCUUCCAGUCUGCGUCAUUUGGACCCAGGAUACAAUGAAGAGAAGCAAAAGCAAGAAGAAAAACUAAUCCAAAGUCUCGCAAGCUUGUCCUCCUGGGAGACAAUCAAAGCGAUCCAGAAGAUCCCAAAGGCAAUGAAAGAAAAGAGGGAGCUCAGGAAUCAUGUUCUUAGGGAGCAAACGAAGACACGCCACCGGGAUGCUCAAAUUAACUGCUGCGCCCAAUGCUUCUACAGCAUCGCUUUGUCCUUUCGGCACUUUAAAAACGGCUUGUCGGAAUGCUUUCAGUUCUUCCAGCUUUGGCAGAAGACUCUCAAGGUCAUUGGGGGCAAAUUUGGGACCGGCGUCUGCUCUUACUUCAUUUUCCUCACAUGGCUCCUGAUGUUCAAUGUCUUCUCGUUCCUUGUGAACUUCAGCUUUAUCACCGUCCCACAGCUCCUUGAAGCCACAGCAAAUAACCUUUCCUUCACGGGGCUGGAGUUUUUAACUGGCGCCGGCUAUUUUACAGAAACGGUGCUCUAUUAUGGUUUCUAUACCAACAGUACAAUCUCAAAAAACAAGAACGGCUCUCCGUAUGACAUGCAGCUGGCCUAUAUUUUCACAAUAGGCAUCUAUUUCAUCCUCUGCUUCCUGAGCUUGCUAUACAGCAUGGCAAAGUCCUUCCGCAGCAACUUCGUUAAUCCUUCCAUGUACUCUGGGAAUGCGGCCAAACUUCUGUGCGUCUGGGACUUCAGUGUAACCAACGAGAAAGCCGUGAAGCUGAAACAGAGAAACCUCAGCACUCAGAUGAAGGAAAUGCUCUCUGAAGUGAAUACCGAAGUGCUGAAGCUUUCUGCCGGUCAGAGACUUGCUCAGCUUUCUAUUCAUCUUGCUGCGUGGCUUGUCUCCUUGGGUACUGCGGUGGCUUCCUGUGCUGGCAUUUACUUCUUCUCCACAGAUAACUUAAAACUGUUUCUGAAAGAAGAUCAAACCAAGUUGGAAAGCGAAGCUGUCACGCUGGUCCUGCCGGUUGUCGUUGGUCUGCUCAAUCACAUGGUGCCUUUCUUCUAUUCCUUUUUUGGCUUUGUCGAGAAAUUCACCUAUCCGAAGCACCAAAUCUACACAUCCAUUGGCAGGAAUAUUAUCCUGAAAAUAUCAAUAAUUGGGAUCCUCUGCUACUACUGGCUUAACAUUGUGGCUGCAUCAGAGGAACAGUGCUGGGAAACCCUGGUUGGCCGAGAUAUAUACAAGCUGAUUGUGGCCGAAUUCAUCUGUUGCUUACUGGGGUCCUUCUUUGGCGAAUUUGUACGAAGGAUCAUUGGCACAAAAUGUUGCAAACGACUUGGCGUGCCAGAGUUUGACAUUGCUCGAAAUGUUUUGGAUUUGAUCUACGCCCAGACAUUGGCAUGGAUUGGCAUCUUCUUUUCACCUCUGAUUCCAGCCAUUCAGAUAAUAUCAUUUUUCGUGAUAUUUUAUGUGAAAAAGGUCAGUCUGAUGAUGAACUGCCAGCCGCCCCGCAAAGCCUGGAGAGCCGCUCAGAUGAACACCCUCUUCAUUUUCCUGCUGUUUUUCCCGUCCUUUACCGGUGUCCUCUCUGUCAUAGCCGUCGUCGUCUGGAGAAUGAAGCCUUCCGAAACGUGUGGUCCGUUCCGAGGCCUGGAGACCGUCUUUGCAGCGGUUUCUGGCUGGAUAGCUAUCCUGGCCACUUACCCCAACUCGCUAUGGGUCGUGUGGAUUUAUCACAAUUUGCUCGAAAGUGUGCAUUUCUUCUUCAUCCUUUCCGUCAUUGUGUUAAUUAUCACGUACCUUUACUGGCAGAUAAUAGAUGGACGGAAAAUCAUGGUCAAACUGCUACAAGAGCAGAUCAUUAAUGAAGGCAAAGAUAAGAUGUUCUUGCUGAAGAAAUUACGUGCGCUUCAGGCAGCCAGACUCCCAAAUUCUGGAGAGCGGCAACAGAGGAGACCUGAAGACUCAGUCCCUGGAAUGAGCAGCUUCCCCCCUCAGUCUGAAAUGACAAGCUUCUCUCGAGUGGUCCAGGGGGAUCUGCCGCCAGGGGGAUCCACCGGCACUUCUGAGGCCCUGGCUCUCGCUCUCAGAGCCAGGCAAGAGGCCGAAUGGGAAACGGACGAAGAAGAUUUCGGACCAUGA